AUGGCUUCACUUUCUCACUAUUUCCUGCUAGUUCUGGUCUUUCUGGAUUCACAUGCAGCUCAGCCACCCUGUCUGCCAGGAUGUACCUGCUCAGAGGAGAGUUUUGGCAGGAGUCUGCAGUGCGUGUCUAUCUCUUUGGGAAAGAUCCCAAGGAACCUUCCUGAAGAGUUCAAGCAAGUGAGAAUUGAAAAUUCACCUUUAUUUGAACUGCCCCGAGGGUCUUUCAUCAACAUGAGCACCUUGGAGUACCUUUGGCUCAAUUUUAACAGUGUCACUGUGAUCCACCUAGGAGCCCUGGAGCACCUGUCAGAACUGAAAGAGCUGAGACUGGAGGGGAACAAACUCCGUUCAGUACCAUGGACAGUGUUCCGUGCCACCCCGCUCCUGAGGGUCUUGGACCUCAAACACAACAAGAUUGAUGCACUCCCUGAACUAGCUCUUCAGUUCUUGGUCAACCUGACCUACCUUGACCUAUCCUCCAAUAGGCUUACAGUUGUAUCCAAAAGUGUCUUCCUGAACUGGCCAGCCUACGGGAAACGCCAGCAGCCCAGCUGUGGGGCCGAGGUGCUCUCCAGCAUGGUGCUGGCGCUGCAUGACAACCCCUGGUUAUGUGACUGUCGCCUACGGGGACUUGUCCAGUUUGUAAAGUCCAUCAGCCUUCCAGUCGUCCUGGUGAAUCCCUACCUCAUGUGUCGGGGUCCUCUCUCCAAGGCAGGGCAGCUUUUUCACGAAACGGAGCUCAGUGCUUGCAUGAAGCCUCAGAUCUCAACCCCCAGUGCCAAUGUCAGCGUCUGGGUGGGGCAGAAUGUGACCCUGCGAUGCUUGGCACAGGCUAGCCCCUCACCAACUAUUGCCUGGACUUAUCCCCUGAGCACGUGGAGGGAAUUUGAUGGGUUGCUGAGAGGCAAACACCUGGCACCUCUGUUGACCUCGUCUACUGCAGAAGAUGCUGCUCUGUCGGAGCUGGUCAUACCUGCAGCCCACCUGGUGGACAGGGGCAAUUACACCUGUGUGGCCUCCAACUCCGUCGGCAGGAGCACCCUUGCCAUCUCCCUCCACGUCCAGCCUGCCCAGGCCCUGCCCGCACCCCCUUCUCUUUCCUCUACUUCAGGAGGCAGUACCUACGUUGACCUGCGGGUGGUUAAGCAGACAGUGCGUGGCAUCGUGCUGGAAUGGUUUGCAGCGGCCGACACCCCUGAGAAGUGGUUCACCCUCUACAUUGCGUCGGAUGAAGCCCUCAGGAAGGAGGUGGUCCACGUCGGCCCAGGAGUCAAUACAUACUCGGUAGACGAUCUCCUCCCCGGUACAAAAUACGAGGUCUGCCUUAGCCUGGGGGGCCAGCCCUCACGGCAGGGCCGGUGUGUGGUCUUUGUUACAGGCCGAGACCACGGCGGGCUGGAGGGACGCGAGCGCCUCCUGCACACCACGGUGGUCCUGUGCGCCGUGCUGCUCGCGGUGCCUGUGGGCGCCUAUGUCUGGGCAGCUCAGGCCCCCUGCAGCUGCAGGGAGUGGGGCCUGCGCUGCUGUCCUCAUCGCAGGAAAGCUCCCAGGUGCCCCCUGGCAGUCCCAGAGCACGGGCAUGACUCCUAUAGAGACCACACAGUUGUCUGUGAGGACGGCCUGGAGCACAGAGAGGCUGAGGGGGAGGGUGAUGAGGGUGAUGGAAGGGGAGAUAGUGGCCGGGGAGGAAUGGUGUGGCUCUCCAGCCCCUAA